UGAUCUACGGGAGGCUGGGGCUGUUAACGGCGGUGUCGGCGUCCCUACUGCGCAGGCGCCUCGGGAAGACCUCUGCCUCGCGCGUUCCCCUUCGGGUCUCCCUCGCCUUCAGUGCCCACGAUUGCCGGGUUCCGCGAGCGCGGGGUUCCGCGCACUGAAAAGAAGCGGAGGCCGUAGCGGGAACCCUGAUCGCUCUCCUUCAACAGGUUCAUUAUGAAGCUAUUAGUAAUACUUGUAUUUGCUGGACUUUUAACUGGUUGUAGAAGUAACUCUUCCUAUAGUUUGCCACCCAAGUUACUACUGGUGUCCUUUGAUGGCUUCAGAGCUGACUAUCUACAGAACUAUGAAUUUCCUCAUCUCCAGAAUUUUAUCAAAGAAGGUGUCUUGGUAGAGCAUGUCAACAAUGUUUUUAUUACAAAAACAUUUCCAAACCACUACAGUAUUGUAACAGGCUUGUAUGAAGAAAGCCACGGCAUUGUGGCUAAUUCCAUGUAUGAUGUCAUCACAAAGAAACACUUUUCUGACUUUGAUGACAAGGAUCCUUUUUGGUGGAAUGAGGCAGUACCUAUUUGGGUGACCAAUCAGCUUCAGGAAAACAGAUCCAGUGCUGCUGCUAUGUGGCCUGGUACUGACGUACCCAUACACAAUAUCACACCAUCCUACUUUAUGAAUUAUAGCUCCUCCGUGUCAUUUAAGGAGAGACUAAAUAAUAUUACCAUGUGGCUGAGCAAUUCAAACCCACCAGUCACCUUUGCAACACUCUAUUGGGAAGAACCGGAUGCAAGUGGCCACAAAUACGGACCCGAAGAUAAAGAAAAUAUGCACAGAGUGUUGAAAGGAAUAGAUGACCUUAUUGGCGAGCUAGUCCACAAACUCAAGGUGUUAGGAUUGUGGGAAAGUCUUAAUGUGAUAAUUACAAGUGAUCAUGGGAUGACCCAGUGUUCCAAGGACAGGCUGAUAAACUUGGAUCUCUGCAUUGAUCAUUCCAAAUACAUUCUUAUAGAUUUGAGCCCAGUUGCCGCAGUACUUCCCAAAAUAAAUAGAACAGAGGUUUAUAACAAACUAAAAAACUGUAGCUCUCACAUGAAUGUUUAUCUCAAGGAAGACAUUCCUGCCAGAUUUCAUUACCAACAUAAUGAGCGAAUUCAGCCUAUUAUUUUGGUUGCUGAUGAAGGCUGGACAAUUGUUCAAAAUAAAUCAUCACCAAAAUUAGGUGACCAUGGUUAUGAUAAUUCUUUGCCUACUAUGCAUCCAUUUCUGGCUGCCCGUGGACCUGCAUUUCACAAAGGCUACAAACACAGCACAGUUAACAUUGUGGAUAUUUAUCCAAUGAUGUGCCACAUCCUGGGAUUAAAACCACAUCCCAAUAAUGGAACCUUCAGUCAUACUAAGUGUCUGUUAGUUGAUCAGUGGUGCAUUAAUCUUCCAGAAGCUAUUGGAAUUGUUAUUGGUGCACUCUUGGUCUUAACCACUCUAACGUGCCUCAUAAUAAUCAUGCAGAAUAGACUAUCUGUACCCCAUCCGUUUUCUAGACUUCAGCUACAAGACGAUGAUGAUGAUCCUUUAAUUGGGUAAUGUGCUGGGGUUUAUACAGUGUCUUUGAUUAGUCACAAAACAAGGAUAUACCUAAAGAGUGGUGUCCAAACUAUUUGAAAGUAUACACUGGAAGUCAAAGAACUUAGACCAAGCAUGCCAAAAUUAUUUUGUUUUGUUUUUCUUUGUGUUUUGGUGCAUUAGCUAAAACAGAAAAGCCCUGACCCCAUUAAAAACUGUAGUAAAUCAUUAGUUAAUACCAACUGUUUCUUUAAGUAGAAAUAUUUUUUAAACAGAAUAUGCCUCUGCCUUUUUUUUUUUUGCAAUGAAGAUUUGACACAUCUUUGAAUGAAAAAAUACCAAAAUUUAGUAGGCAUGCUUUUCUAAUUAGUUUUUGUAUUUGUAAAUGAAACAUAAAUUCUGUGCAAUUAAGUGGAUUUUGAGUAUCAGGGAGGAAAAGUUUCCUGUAUUUUUAUAUUUACCUUUAAUAGAGUUUGUAUCCCAAGUAAAACCCUUGACAUAGGAAAUUCUCUGAUGGUUAAUAAAAUCAGCUAACCAUACAGAACAAUUCUAGUAUUCUAAGAAAUGAUUCUAAGAAAAGCUAUUAAAAAAUUAAAGACCAUGUGACACAAAGCCAGUCCUCAUCCUUGUGUCAAGACCUUUGCACUUUUUGAAAUCUUGAGUUACAUCUUUUGAAGAUUAUUGCUAGUAAGAAAAUAGAGAAAAGUGCUUUUCUCUAUUUGUGCUUACUGCCUUUGUGUCAGUUACAUAGUUGUAUGUGUGCACAAGUGUAUGUGUGUGUAUAGGUGUGCAGACUCCAUGCAACUUACAGGAGGUCAGAAGUAGCCUGGACUGUAGGCAGGCUUCUCCAUUCCCAUGGAACACAGCUUUCAGGAGAGGUUGUAUUUGCACAUCAUAUUUGUUUACUUUCUUCUAACUCAAGUUCUCUAACAAGUUAAAAAUAAUAAUUUUAAAAGUUAUAAUUAUGUACCAUUUUUAACUUUCAUGUUGUUUAUUGUAAUGCAAGGUAUCCAAGUGCUGCAGAAAAACGUAUGACCUCAAUACAAAUCUGGUUCUGAAUGGUUUAGAAUGAGGGAGAUUUUUAUAUUUACCUUUAGGACUUUUACGCCUUACUUUUUAGGCAAUAGUUUAAAAACUUCAGAUGGAAUUUAGUAUCUUUGAUCUUUUAUGUUAUUCAUAUGUUAAGUGGCAGAAUAAGCUUUAGCACUUGGUUCACAUUCUGUUGCCUGCUUUUUUCUCCAAUAUUUGGGUCAAAGAAAUAAUCACAUGCUGCUCUUCAUUUUUAAACAUACUUGUUCAGAGCCAAGGAUUACUUGUGAGGAACUGUCAUCCUACCUUUCUUUGCUAGGUGGUACCUUCUAAUAAUAAAUGUUAAUAUGAAGAAACUGAGUUGUGGCAAACUAGAUUUUAUCUAUUAAAGGAAAAACUGGGUUCAAGACCUUCAGCAUCUGAGUCAAGCAAUUAAUACUAAUAAUGUGAUCUCUAAAGUUUUGACAAGGUAACAAACUAGGUACCGGUUUUACAGAUACAAAAAUUGUCUACAGUAUAUAUGAAGCCCACUUAAAUGUUGACUAUUUGUGAUGGUAAAGAACUGUAGUGCAAGUCAUCACAUAAAACUCAUCCUAUUUGGUCACUGCUCAUUUCCUGAUCCUGGUGUUUGGUGCCUAUUUGUAUUUGGGGGUCUUGAGAAAGUAUUUUUACAUCCUGCAUAAAUACCUAUGCUACUGGUCGUGAGUGGACUAUAAUAAGAACAGCAUAGUAAAUACAACCAGUAGAACUAAUUGUACUUUCUACAAAUACUAUUUCUCAUUUUCCCCCUCAUAUUAAAGUUAUCCUAAAGGUUAAGAGUUGAUCUGAACGAAAUAGUAUAAAAAUUUCUACAUCAAUUUCUACUAAUAAAAAGAACAUCACACUUAAAGCAGUGGGCAUUUUUUUGAAGCCUGAAAUGUAACAGCGUAUUUUAUACUAAUUGAGUAGAAUUUGGUCCUUGCAAUGGUGUUAGUGACUGCAUUAGCUUUAUUGGUGGUUGUGAGUUUCAAUAAUCUAUACAUGGCAUCCAACCUGUGAGUGGAUUUCAUAUAGGAUGGAAUAGGAAGGGAUGCCCUAUCAGUGUCUUAGUUCUUUGAAAAGACAUUUACCUAUUUGUCUUUUCACUCCAUUCUCAAAACAUUCACUUUAAUUAAAAUUGUGAAUUUUAAAUGUAUAUAUUGAUGGGACAAGAACAGUACUUAUUUAAUCAGAAGUUUAUGUAUUAUAUUGAACUUUGUGUUAAUUCAUUUGUAUCUUAAAGAAAUUAUCACUGUUAAAACCAAUGAUCCUUCUAAUUCACUGGGAAAAUCUUUUAGAAAAAGUUAGCCUUUCGUAUUAAGGUUUGGUGUGUAUUUUGUUAGAUUCACUAAUAUGCUGCUGUUUUCUGGGUUAUACAAAGUACUUGGCUCCAGGAGACAUUUAACUGUUUAGGACAACAGUAGUCAAGGUAAUAGGAAAACUUUUUAUUAAAUAUUUUCUGUUAAUUUAGUGAAUUCAGAAUAAGCACAUUUACUUACUUAUUAUAGGGACAGUUCUGCUACAUAAUUAUAAAAUGCAAGUUUUUUUGGUAAAAAGCAAUAGAAUAAAAAUUAUUUCAAUGUUCUGUACUAUAGGCUUUGUGUGAUUAUUCCAUUAAGCUUGUUAAAAGAAUUUAAAGAUAAAUUUUUGGAAAAUUAAAGAAUUAAAAAUGCCUCGUCAUUGUUCUAGGGUGUCUCCCUUUCUUGCCCCUAUCUGAUAAGCUUUAAGGAUGAUGGCAUUUAAUUCCUUUUAUUUGAAGGGUUUUACAUGUGAAUACAUAAAACUACAAAUGAACAAAAAAGAUGAGAUGGAAAGUGUAUGUUUACUGUCAGUCCUUAAAAUUGUGUAAAUAAAAUGAUAGGAUUGUGUU